AUGGUUUCGCUCGAUUCGAGCUCGCCACAUUUGGCGUACAUCGUUAUGAGGGCAUUCAUGACGGGUAAAAUCGAUUCGAGGCCCCUUCUUAGCACGUACGCGUGUAUCAACUUCCCCUGUUCCAAUGCACAAAUCGAAGUGCAAGCUUGGAGCACACUAACCAUGGUGACUGAGUUGGGCAACACAGCAUCAGCAUCGUUCGCCAGCAACAUUUCACGAAAAAAAUUCAAUGCCUCGGAAGGUUUCCCGUUUUUUGCAAAGCAGGUGAUGAUGGCUGUCCAAGAGACUAGAUUCUUGACUGGCAUGGGUGAGAAGACAAGGAGUGCUUUAUCCACUAAGCCGAAUUUUGCGUAUGUAUCGACGAGUGUCGUCGUUAUAUGGACAUUGGGUCCAGAACCUCUUGCCCAUGGCCUGCUACGGAUAAAGCACGACAAAUCGCGUUCCAGACGUAUAUGGUUUUGUGGGGAAUUUCGUCGAACACUUUGCGGGCGUGUUGGAUGGAGUUCAGCUCUGAAUACAUGUCGAUCAGCUUCGUGGCGAGGAAAGGGUCCUGAUCUUUCCCAGGGACUUAAUCGAGGGGUUUUUUCUGGGAGUGGAGGAGGUCGGAGGAGGAGGGCAGCUGGCGGCGAGAACGCGGUGGCGCUGGUGGUGGGAGAGCGGUUGAGCAGCGUGAAUUUGGAGCAUUGUGAAGCUGUCCUUUUGCGCCACGUAGGGCAAAUGCCG